UAAAAACAGAACUCCCCCCCUUCUCUGACUUCCCCCUUCUCUUUUCUCACUUGUUCACUUUUCUUCUCAUCCCUUUUCCCUAAUUUCCUGUAGUUCUUGCUUUCCUCUUGAAAUGGGUUUCUUUCCGGAAGACGUCGACGCAAUAGUUUCCUCCGUUCUCUACCGAACGGCCGUCGCCAUUACGCUUCUCCGAUGGCUUAUAACUUGGGCCAUCCGAUUUCACAACAGAAACCGAGACUCCUCAAGUGAGAACCCUCCGUCGCUCACUUCAGAGACUGUCAAAGAAAACCUCGUUCUCGCAGCUUUCGGCGAUGUGCAAUGGAGGCUUCCGGAAGUUUCCGAGACGUGUGCCGUGUGUUUGAGUCACAUCGACGAGGAAGAUCUGGUGCGUGAGCUCAGAAAUUGCCGCCAUUACUUCCACAAAGAUUGUAUCGACAAAUGGGUGGAUUACGACUGGAAAUUGACUUGCCCUCUUUGCCGGGCCCCUUUGUUGACUCAUUCUCAGAGGAGAAGCAUGCCCAAGAACGAGCCCAGUUGGGCUGUGGAGAGAUUUCUCUAUCUCUUUGGAGAGGAUUUAUUAGCUGAAUUUUAAUUAUUAGGAAUUAAUAUAUUCUUGUCGGCAAAAUGAAAUCGCCAAUUUUGUAAUGUAACCAAUAUAUAUGUGUGGCUGUUGACUUGUAUAUAAUAUAAAUGUUUCUAAAUUAUGAAUUCUUUUCCACUUGUUGGGUUAAAUUUGGUGGUACUGAAUAAAAUUAUAAAACUAAUCCGUCUUGUUCUAUUAUU